UAAAUUAAAAAAAAAAAAAAAAAAAACAAAUUAUUGUGCGAAAUAAUUUUUACGGAAUACAGAGUUAUUGUUUUUAAUAAGUGCUUGUUAAUUCAUCAAACGACACCUCAAACACCUGAAUAAAAUUCAGAAAGUAUAUGUUUCUUAUAUUUACAUUCAAAUAAGUAUAUUCACAGCUCAAGACUUAACCUCAAAAUGUCUGACGACGAAGAUGUUAUACUGAUUAAAAAGCCAAAAACCGUGCACUAUGGGUCACUGGAGGAACAGGAGAAAGCGCGGCUGGCUGCUUUGGCCGCUGCCGCCAAAGAGGGAGUCGAUGAAACGGCUGAGAAAGAUGGAGAUAUUCAGAUAUCUGGAGAAUAUAUGGAGCUGGAGGAGGAAAUGUCGAGGGACAAAAAGGCUCUGCUCGAGGAGUUUGAGCGGAGACGCAAGGCUCGGCAGCUCAAUGUCUCCACUGAUGAUGAUGAGGUCCGUCGCAGUCUGAGGCAGCUGGGCGAGCCGGUGUGCCUGUUCGGAGAGGGCCCGGCCGAGAGGAGAGUUAGGCUGCGCGAUCUGCUCAGCUACCUCGGCGAAGAUGCCAUCCACAAGAAGAUGGAGGAGGAGGAGGCGCGCAUCGAGAGGGACCGCGGGCGGGAGGGCACGUGGUACCACGAGGGCCCGGCGCAGCUGAGGGACGCGCGCCUCUUCAUCGCCAGAUACUCCCUGCCCAGGGCCAAGCGGAGGUUGAGCAAGGCUCGCGAGGAGCUGCAGCUAGCAGGCAGUGUGCGCGCCGCGGCCAAGCAAGAGUCGCAGCGAAGAGCUUCCGCCAUGUCCAUAUAUUGCAGCCAGAUAGGUGACACAAGGCCGAUAAGCUUCUGUCGCUUCAGCCAGGACAGCCAGAUGUUGAUCACAUCUAGCUGGUCGGGGCUGGUGAAGGUGUGGUCUGUACCGGACUGCGUGUUGCUGCAGACCCUCAAAGGUCACACGUGUAAUGUCAGCGCUGCCAGCUUCCACCCGCAGGCGGCUCUACCGCCGCAAUGGAGGCAGAAGAUAGAACAAGAGAAGGAGAAGACAGAAGAAGAGUCAGUAGAAGUGAUGGACACAGGAGAGGAGACUUCAGAGGCUUGUCAAAUGGCGUCGUGCGCUUACGACGGCUCCGUACAUCUGUGGAACUUUAAAAGUGACUCCCCGCUGGCGUCGCUGAGCGGUCACUCGCCGCGUCGUGUGUCGCGCGUGGAGUUCCACCCGUCGGGCCGCUUCCUCGCCACCACCGUGUUCGACAACUCGUGGAGACUUUGGGACCUGAACACGAAAACCGAAGUCCUACAUCAAGAGGGUCACGCUAAGCCAGUCUACAGCGUCGCCUUCCAGGGGGACGGAUCCCUCGCCGUCACCGGCGGCAUGGACGCGUUCGGUCGCGUGUGGGACCUGCGCACGGGGCGCUGCGUCAUGUUCCUGGAGGGGCACCUGGGGCCCGUGCUGGGCGCCGACUGGGCGCCCGCCGGACACCAGCUCGCCACCGCCGCCGCCGACCAUCAGGCCAAGAUCUGGGACCUCAGGCGGCGGGCGCCGAUUUACACCAUACCAGCGCACACGCAUCUGUUGAGUGAUGUGCGCUACCAGCGCACCCACGGCCAUUUCCUGCUGACGAGCUCGUAUGACAAGAGCGCCAAGCUGUGGUCCAACCCCGCCUGGCACCCGCUGCGGACGCUCUCCGGGCACGACAACAAGGUGAUGAGCGCAGACAUAUCCGUGGACAGCAAGUAUAUCGCGACGUGCUCCUACGACCGGACAUUCAAGCUGUGGGCGCCGGACCUCGCCUGAUCUCGCCUGACAUCUCUCACUGUACUAAUAAAUGUUUUAUAACAAAUAA